AUGGACAGCAGCAGUGCUCACACGGGCCUGUUGACAGCCACUUUGGGACUGUUUGUCACUAGCACCUCGCGGGUGUCCAGCAUCUGCCCCGCGUGGCGAGGCCAGGGCUUCCUCUCCGCAUGGACUGCCGAAGCCCCGCCCCGUCCUCCGCCUUCCCGCAGUGUGAGCCGCAGCGAGCGGGGAGCUCUUCCUCCAGGGCAUCAGGUCCGGCUGGAUGAGGACACGGCAGGGCAGGAGCACUUCCGGGAGGCAGGACCUGGCAUCUCGUGGCCGGCUUGUGACAGCUUUGUCAUUGGUCGCUUCGGAUGGGCAGUGGAGGCACCAGAGGUUGAGCUACACUGGGGUCACACGGUGGGUGACAAGGCGGGCCCAAGCCCGGCAGGCUGGCUUCGCUGUGACACGUGGCGCGGUGGCAGCGCUGCCAUCGAGGCGCAGUGUCGGGUGACGCUGUACGGUUUUGUGCCCACCGUCUGCAGCCCUGACGUGUAUUUUACAAGUGCGCGAGGAGGUCAAGGACACGCUCUGACUGCGAGUCCGCUGCCCUCCGUGGCUUCCCCCGGAGAAAGCAGUGGCCGGAGGGGGAAGCUGAGCAAGUCUGAAUGCGGGAGCAGCAAGGGCUUCGGCAGCGCUGACCCCGCAAACACAGGCUCCGAGCGGACUGCACAGGAAGUGAUGAAGCCACACAGGGCCGGGGAGGUUGGGGCACGACACUCGCUGCACCCCACCUGCCCGAGCUCCAAGGCCCGCGGUCCUUGCCUUUCCCCAAGCACGGUGACCUUUCCUCCUGCCUCUCCUCCCCCGGGGCGGCUGAUGCUUCGGCAGCUGCGGGCGGUGGUAAAACUGCGGCCCUCUCCUCAGCCGUCACUCUCUGAUGGCUUCCACAGCCGCGAUGCUCGGAAAUGUCUUUUGCAGAGGUUUCCAGAUCCAGACUCCCAGGAGGCUGGGCAGACGGAGCGGCGUCCCAGGGCCCUGCCGGACCGCAGAGCUCACAGAGCAGAGUGCCGGCGCUUGGGGCAGUUUUUCAGGUUCCGCCUGCUUCUUCCUGCUCCUCCAGGGGAAGCGCAGAGGACAGAGGAGACAGACAGUUCCCUUUCUGGUCGUUCUGACUUGGGGGAGAGGCAGGAGUCACCCAGUAUCAGAGUUGAUGAAGAAGAGACAGUGCAGAGCAGACUCCAGACCUGCUCCGGAGAGCGACCCGGACGGUGGGACGAGCGUGUGAAGCAAGGGAGGAUUCUGAGGACGAUUAAUGGCAGCGUGUCUUCCUGUAGUGAAUUCACAUCUGACACUGUGACUCAGGCACAGGCGCCGGUCACUAACGGGACGGUGGGCGGGGCUGCCUCUGCCGCCCAUUUGCAUGUGCUGUCUCGUGUUAUUUCCGGCACCUCCUCAGCGUGUAAGCGCCAGGCAGCAAGGCCCUGGCCCCGCCCCAUCGCUGUGUGUCUGCACACGGAGGACAAAACUUUCUUCUCAGCUUCUUCCCAACGUGAGCCACGGUUCCUCCAACCACCAGGACUGGCAGAGGACGUGGGCUUCCCCAACCAGGCAGUCCCUCCUCACAUCCUCUUGGGUCUUUCUGUGGCCAGAGCCCCACCUGGACAGCUUCCCAGCUGCUCACUAUGGACCAAGGGAGGCUACCGCACAACACAGGCCUUGGGGUGCAGUGUGUAUGUGUGGGGGUCUCCCUGCCACCCACUCUGCCGUCCACAUCUGCAGGCUGUGUGCGGGCCAUUCCCACCUGCUCUGGGAGCUCAGCGUGGUGUGGGAGUUGGUGCUGCUUCACCUGAUUGGACGUGGCCCACCCUCAUGAGUGAGGGUGUGCACUUUACUCCAAGUGCACUGCAGACACCCAGAGAACGACUGGCAGCCCACCCAAGGGAGCCAGGCAGGAGGCCACCCCUAUUAGGUGGGAGCUCGUUCCUCUGGGGGGGAGGUGCGGGGUCCCUUUGUCAAUAACCACGGCAAGGAAAGCCGGGUGAGGAGGGAGAGCAGGAGGAUGUGGCAGAGGGAUCAGGGCGGGAGAGUUCCCACGGGGUCACACAGCCUCCUCCUGCUUGUUUGGUGACCGCCUGGGCGCCCUGCCACUGGGUGUACUUGGAAGCAAUCGAUAAACGUCAGCACUUCGGAGCUGUGAGAGCCCAAUUGGCCCCACUGGACUAAUAAACAUAAAAAAACCCUGAUUCAGACAGCCUGCCGCUCAGUGGUGAGCGGGAGAUAAACUUUCCCUCCAGGACAUUUAUAAUUGACAUAAUAAAAAGCUCUUCACCUUCCAGGCAAGGAGCAGAAUUAAUCACCUACGCCCUGGUACUCUGUGCGUUUUCUGCCUGAACUGGUAGCCGAACCGGUGAGCUCCUCUGGGCUCUGUCCACCCCGCCUGCAGUGGGCGCGGGGUGAGCUCCGGGCCAGCAGAGACGCCGCAGUGACCUGCCGUGUCCUUCUACCCGUGCGGCAUCAGACAAUGCGCCCAUGAUAAUGGGCUCCGCGACCCGGGCCUAAUGGCCGCGACUCCUCGGCCAGAUGCUGAAUGGACACCGCCAGACGGGCUGCCGGGGCAUCUCCUCCCAUCAGGCCGUGCCCUCUGUGCUUCUGGGCACUGUUUCAAGUCGCAAAUAGAAAAGCUGCGCCCCUCACGCUGGGUUCUGAAGAUCGAUGGACGCCCCAAGCCUUUGAUUCAGUGACCGGCCUGGAUUCCAUGCAGGCCUCGCUUCCAAAGUCACUGACCGCGUUAGCCUAACAGCGCGCCUCUGCCCUGCGCUCUGGGGAAGCAGGUGGCCUGUGUGCGUUAUCUGGGCGAUUUGGCAGAUGGGCAGAGGCAAAGAGAAGCUGCGCACGGUGCCCCUGCACCCUGAUGAGCAGGGUCGGGUCCCGGUCCCAGGCUUUAAGGUCACAGGGUCCCCUGGUGGCUGGGGACGGUGGGUGCAGCGUGGAGUGGAGGAGAAGCUGGAGCUUCCACUUACCAAGGGGCCUGGGGAUGCUUCACAGUGUGCUGCUGGCUGAAAGCACUUUCUGAAUGUUUAUUCAAUCAUCUUAAGCCACUUACGGGACAAUCCACUGCGGCCCACUGAGUUGAAAUGCCACCAACAUACACUUGGUUCCUGUGUGUUCUGAGGUCUGUUUCUGUCACUGUGCUCUGUUGAGCUCCCUGUCUUUACGAUAUUGUCUUUAUAUUUACUUCGUAAUAUUUAAUAAGUGGUAGAGCUACUUUACCAGUGCUUUACAUUCCUAAGGGAAGCUCCUUGGGAUUCUACUCGGAAUUGCACUGCGUUACUCGAUUUACUGGGCAGAAAUCCCCUCGUCCAAUUACUCUCUCACUGUGUUCUUUAGGAAACAACCAAGAUUCUUCACGAAGGUUCUGCGUAUGUCUGGGUUUCUCAUAUUAACAAAAACCCAUGUGAUACUUAAGCUUCUGCGUCGGAUUUAUUUCACUUGACACGAUGGUCUCAAGCGCAUCCAUUUUCCUACAAGUGACUCAAGUUUAUCCUUCUUUACGGCUGAGCAAUGCUCCGUUAUCCUGGAAAGAUAUUUCCCACACAGCAAGGACUACGGGAGAGACGGCAGGCGGCGGUAGGGUGACGCUGUCCUUCAUUCCCGUAAGCCUGGGUUCCUGACUAGGGUGCGGAGCACACGGAGUGGUGAGUAGGGUCCUCGCUUUGAUUCAGAGUUGCAGCGCUGUGAGGAGAGAACAGGACGAGGACGGUGGCUGUGACCAUCUGGCCCUGGCUACCCACUCCUGUGGCCCGGCCUCUGCCCGCCCUGGGUUUGCUGCUGUUGCUCCUGCUGGGUUCUCCUGUCCACUUGCAGAUUCUUGGUCACAGGUCUCCAAAGUUGCUUUCUUCAGUUUUCCAAGUUAACAGUUGUGGAUGAGAGUUGACGGAAAUCUGGUCCCCAGGACAGGAAGCGGCAAGAUUGUAAGUCAGAUUUGGCUGUGGAUUGCUGGCAGUGCCAGCUCCGUGCUGGAAAGUGGGGACUUCUUGCUGCUACUUUCAGCUGACUGCUGACUUCUCCAGCCGACUUCUCCAGCUCAGCCUGGCAAUGAAAUGCAAAUGGUUAUCGCUUGUGCCAACACCAGCCAAACAGGACUCAGGAGGCCAUCAGCCUGGACCGGAACCCACAGCCAGUGGGAGCGUGGGUGGGGGGAGAUAGGAACUGAGGGGGACCCUGGAGUGGCAGAGUCUGGGACACCCCUCACCUUCAGUUGUCCUGCUGGAAAUGGAGGAAAGUGCCGGCCAAGGACCCCUUGUCCCAAGGCAGUCCUGCCCUCCGUCGCCGUUUCCCCGUGGGACUCCAUUGUCCUGCUCACCUUGCUGGUCUGCAGUGACUGAGCUCCGGGUGGGACAACUGUAGCUGAUUCCCAGAGCUAGUGUGCUGCCUGGUGACCAAACAAGUGUUUUCCAACACAGCAACAAGUGAUGGCUGCCCCGCUGAUCCCUCUGGUACUGACCUCCUCACAGAGGCCUGGCGAGCGCUGUUUCCCGGCUGGCCAGCCCUGCAGCCUGGCCGUGCUGGCGCGAAUCUGCACAGCCAGCCCGAGAGCAGAGCCUCACUUGCCUCCCUGCAGGGAGAGGCCCACAGUAGUGCCUUCUUUAAGAAGUCCAGUCCUGUUCAAGUUGGGCCCAGCACGGUGUCCCCACGUCCCGGGAGCCCUGGUGUCAUCGUUGCUGUUCUGGAGCAAGGGAGCUUCUAGCAGGACAAGAUGCCAAGGGUGACUCACCACCGCCUGGAGAAUUCGCCUGCUUUGCAUAAAGCUCAGGACACUGGUGACUGCCUGCUGGCUUGGGCAGAGGAGAACAGGCUUUUCUCCACACGUGACUAUAAGUAUGAUGAAGGCCGUUUCUGGCUUGGUUGAGUUUAGAGAAGACAUUGUUAUGCCUUGUAAAUCUGACCCACGUUGCAGAAUCGUUUAUAUUUAAUAUGUACAUUUUAUACAUAAGUAUACAGUGGCUUUUAAAUGUUUUCAGAAAACAGUGCUUUGAACCCAGGAUAGCAAUUUGAUUGAGACUUGCUAUAGUCAAAAAUAAAAUAAUUACAGGGUGAUUUCA